AUGGCCUCCAGGAAACGAUCUGGAUCUGGCACAAAACGGCCAAAAGAAAAAGUAGUGCACAUCUACGAACUGUUAUGCCGUGGCGAGGAUCCAAAACGGCAAAGUGCACAGUUUUGGGAGGAAUUUUUUUUACUGCAACCAAACAUAGAUAUGCUGGAGGCGGAAUUGAUUAAACUCACGCCAGAACAAUAUGCGUCCUGCAAGAGCAAUGUGCAGCAGUUAUUCGCGGAGUGUAUAAACAUACUUUCGUCGGGCAACUCGAAGCGCGUUCAUAAUGCUUUGCAAACAAUAAGCGUAUUUAUACACGUACUUUUUCGCAAACAAUCAAUCAGUGGCGCUGGUGGAGCAGGCGGCGACCACGGGAUUGUUAGUGGGUUAAGCAUAAACAAUGCUCCUUCGUUUAUUACCUUGAGUGAUAUACAAGAGGAUAUGCGCAUUUUGUUAAAACAUUUGUAUGAAAUUUUGGUGUGUAAUGUUACGCCUGAUCGUCCAAAAGAGCUGUGUCUAAAAAUUUUAUUAAUAAUCGCUACCGGAAUGGAUAAUGUCAACGACAAUCUGCUGAUUGAGUACAUCAUAGGAAGAAAUGUGUUUGAGGCGUUCAAAAAAAUAUUAAGCGAUUCCACUUUGCGAAAUUUGCACGGUCACGAUGUGGUUACGUUGCUUACAAUACUGGUAAACUAUCGCAAACAUGAGGGAGGUAAUCCGUAUGUGGUGGAAUUAUCGCUGUUAGCCGAUGAGUUUGCUUUGAAUGGCUACGGACAAGUCAUAUCUUGCGUAUUAACGAUGUUUUGUAAGCAGCAUCUGCUACAUCCAACGGAAUUACCUUCGUCUUCAUCCUGGUUUUCUUCGUUAUCUAGUAUAGUUGGAAACAUGUUCAUAUCUGAUGAAUUGUGCUACCGCAGUCAACAGAUCAGAGCAAAUAACGCACUCCUACUUGCGCUGUACGAGGCUGUUCAUUUGAACAGAAAUUUCAUCACUACUCUAGCACACACGCAAGCAGAUUCAACGCCUCCUUCACCUUGCAACACUUUGAACAUUAACGAUGGUACUCCUGACUUAUCUGCGGCAGCCAUUCUUGAUGCUGCUCAUUAUUCCACUAACCUUUUUGUUGCCCUCUUUCAAUAUUGCUCAAUUGUAAUGCAGGAUCAUAAAAGUGAAUUGAGUGCGACAAAUCUGAAGCUUUGCUUGCUGAUCUUGACUUGCAUUGCGGAAGAUCAGUACGCUAACUCGAUGAUGCAUGACACAAACCUUACGUUUAAGGUUUCCUUACAUCGCGCGCAUAUGAGGCACAGAAAACUGGCAUCGGAGAAAAUUUCUAAGCCUCAGCCCCUAGCCACAACGUUACUUGAUCUUUUAGUUGAAUUCAUCGUUACACAUCUGUUAAAAAAAUUCCCAAUAGAGCUAUAUCUGCUGUGUAUCGGAAUAAUUCAUAGAAUAAUCAUUUAUCAAAAGCGAUGCCGUGUGCGACUUGCAUAUCAAUGGAAAGAGUUAUGGACUGCAAUGAUAAGUUUGUUAAAAUUUCUCAUAUACCAAGAGCAAAAUCUUAUGAAAAAGUGCAAUAUUUUCGAUUUAGCAUUACAGGUAAUUAAUAUUUUCAAUCUUUUUAUUACGUAUGGUGAUAUGUUUUUAGCAACAACGAACAGUUAUGAUGAACUCUACUAUGAGCUGAAUCGAGAGGAAAAGGUGUUUUGUGAAUUACACGCAAUGGUAUUAAGAUACGCUUCUAUGCAUGACUGCGAAUACAAGGAGGAUUCAAUCCGCCUUCUGAAUGCACUUUCCAACAUCCUUGCCAUUAUAAAGCAUUUCCAGAUAAAAAUUAAAGAAUGGCUUGCUAGCCAAAGUCUAUCGACACCCACGGAACAACAAAUAUUAGAGCAAAUUCAAAAGAAUUACGAUCUUACCUUGAAGCUUCAAGACAGCCUUGACCAAUACGAGCGGUAUAGUGAAAGACCAAAGCAUGUGUUAUUUUUCGCCAAUUUGGUGAAAGAAGUAAUAUUUGACACAAGGAAAACAGUUUACUAUUUAGUAAAGGAGUGUAACAAAAGUAAUGCUGUUGAUUGUUCGGGAAGUGCUGUUGUUGGAAGUGAGAUGUCCUGUCCAUCGGAAGUUACAGAUUUAGGAAUGUUACACUUCGCUAGUUGAACGAUUAUAUUGCGCUUUCUGUUUUUAAAAUAAUAAAAAUCUGGAAAAAAACAGAUACAGAUCGAACCAAAAUAC